CCAAUGAGCGUUGAGGACGUCCGUGCUAAUAAAUGACAAGGUGACGACGUCCCGGUCCAGCUCUUGAGAGGAGAAGAUCCUGCACGCCUUCCAACCCGCGGUACUGAUCAUCAGGUUCCAGCCAUGUACGCCUGCUCAAAGUUCAUCACUUGUUCUCCAGCUGUGCUGCGUGGGGGGUCCAGAAUCCUCACCCGGCCGGUCUCGGCCUCCCUCUUCAACAGACCUGAGGCCUCAGUGGAGCAGCAGGCUCUGCUGCCAGUCAGCCAGUCUGCGGUUCUGAGCCGCUGCUUCCAGACCAGCGCCGUCUCCCGGGACAUCGACACCGCCGCCAAGUUCAUCGGCGCCGGCGCUGCCACGGUGGGAGUGGCUGGUUCAGGAGCUGGAAUCGGAACAGUGUUUGGCAGCCUCAUCAUCGGCUACGCCAGGAACCCCUCCCUGAAGCAGCAGCUCUUCUCCUACGCCAUCCUGGGCUUCGCUCUGUCUGAGGCCAUGGGGCUGUUCUGCCUCAUGGUGGCCUUCCUCAUCCUGUUCGCCAUGUGAGCCCCAGGCGUUCCCACUCCAUCCCCGUGGCCCCCCGUCUCCCCCGAGUUCUGGAAGCAGCUGCCCGUUCUGGAACGGGAACUCUGAAAAGGCCGCCGGUCCAUUCCAGUCGAUGAGUGUUUUCCAUCAGAGGUUCUGACCUCCAGUCCCACGUUUUUAUGUUCCCACACUGAUUUAGUCGUUUUCAAGUUUUCUGUAAAACAUCACAUUGUUGAAAUCUGUCCAGAAUAAAGAUUUGGGAUGACUAAAA